AUGGCCAAGUUGACUGGUCAGGAAGUGGCAGAACAUAACUCCAGAGAGUCAUGUUGGGUUAUUGUUCACGGAAAAGCCUAUGAUGUUACAGAGUUCUUACCUGAACAUCCUGGUGGACCCAAGAUCAUUCUCAAAUAUGCUGUAAAUAUUCUCCCAGUUAUCUCAAUUGUAUGCAGAGUUGACUUUACAAUACAGGGUAAAGACGCAACAGAAGAAUACGAACCAAUUCAUCCACCUGAUACUCUCGAUAAAUUCUUGGAUAAAUCGAAACAUUUAGGACCAGUUGAUAUGGGCACAGUCCAGAAGGAAGAAAAGGAAUUUGAUCCAGAAGAAGAGGCAAGACAAGAAAGAAUUGCACGUAUGCCAAUUUUGGAACAAUGUUACAACUUGAUGGAUUUCGAGUCGGUGGCAAGAAGAACUAUGAAGAAGACUGCUUGGGCAUAUUAUUCCAGUGGUGCUGAUGAUGAAAUCACUAUGCGAGAAAAUCAUUCCGCUUUUCAUAAGAUAUGGUUUCGACCAAAGAUACUUGUGGAUGUAGAAAAGGUCGAUUUUACUACAACCAUGCUCGGAACGAAAUGUGAUAUCCCAUUCUAUGUCACCGCUACAGCAUUAGGAAAACUUGGACAUCCUGAAGGAGAGGUCGUCUUCACUCGAGCAGCAAAGAAACACAAUGUUAUACAGAUGAUACCAACUCUAGCAUCUUGCUCAUUUGAUGAAAUCAUGGAUGCAGCAGGGGAAAGUCAGGUUCAAUGGCUACAACUAUACGUUAAUAAGGAUCGAGAGAUUACGAAAAAGAUUGUUCAGCAUGCCGAACGUCGUGGUUGUAAGGGCUUAUUCAUCACAGUCGAUGCUCCUCAAUUAGGAAGAAGAGAAAAAGAUAUGCGUUCGAAAUUUACCGAUGUAGGAUCAUCUGUUCAGUCAAGCAGUGGACAAUCUACGGACAAUUCUCAAGGUGCAGCAAGAGCUAUUUCGAGUUUCAUCGAUCCAGCUUUGAGCUGGAAAGAUAUCCCUUGGUUUCAAUCCAUUACUAAGAUGCCUAUCCUUCUUAAGGGUGUCCAACGAGUAGAAGAUGUUAUUCGAGCUGUCGAAUGUGGUGUUCAAGGUGUUGUGCUUUCUAAUCACGGAGGUCGUCAAUUAGAUUUCGCUCGCUCCGGUAUUGAAGUUCUCGCAGAAGUUAUGCCAGUUCUUCGAGAACGUGGGUGGGAGGACCGUAUUGAGAUUUACAUCGAUGGUGGUAUCCGAAGAUCUACUGAUAUCAUUAAAGCCUUAUGCUUAGGUGCUAAAGGUGUCGGAAUCGGUAGACCAUUCUUAUAUGCAAUGAGUGCAUAUGGAUUGGCAGGAGUAGAUCGUGCCAUGCAAUUAUUGAAAGAUGAGAUGGAAAUGAACAUGAGAUUGAUUGGUUGUUCGAGUGUGGAUCAAUUGAAUCCAACAUUGAUUGAUACCAGAGGGUUGAGUUCACAUACUACUGUGGUACCAGUUGAUAAUUUGGGUAUGGCAAUUUAUGAUCCUUUGGCGAACCCUGCGGAGAAGGCUAAGGCGAAGUUGUAG